AUGGCGCACUCCCUCGUCCUACGAGCUCGGUCCCGCUCCUCGACACAUUCGACACCUCCUUCCCUCGUACCACGCGAGCUGAAGCACCGGGCGUUCAAUGUCAGGGAGCAUCUUGGGAACCUGUCGUUCUAUUUCCCUGUACCUGUGCCACAGGGAAUGGAACCAGAUCUGUCCAGGGUGGGGCCGGUCAUGCUGAUGCAGCGCCAUGGUCCGUACCAUCCGCUUGCGUCCGAGUUAGCGUUCAUCGCUGGCCUAGUCGAGAAGCUUGUCAGUCACUCCACUGCCGUACGGAAGGAGAGUCUUCCCAGCAACCUCGAGUUCCGCAAGGCCGACUAUGUCUCGAUACCUGGUCACGAAGACACACCUGGACGGCGGCAACUGUUUCAUCACGAUGUCAAGUUCGCUCUGACGUAUCUGCAUUUGAAGGCCCCUCCUCCUCGCCGAUUGCGCGUACGACCUUCUACGCCGCCACGGUGCGGCGCCUUCACGAAGGGCGAGAUCGAGACGUUCGAGCACGAGCUGGACUUGCUCAUGAAUGGCGCGUUCGGCGGAUCGCUCCGGCGCGAGAAUGACCUGGAUAAGUUCAAAGGCCCGCAGAUCUGCCUCGUCCUCAACGAGCCCUCGAUGCCGCUCAUGACCCGCAAGAACAUGAAUGAAAACCACGGCUCGUGCGCGCUCAGCGACUUUGCCUCCGCGCACGCGGAUGUCACGAGGAUCUAUGGGCCGGAACGCGCCCUGCGGCGCCGGUAG